UCCAAUUAGAUUUCUAUAGCAAUGUUAUGAUUGAUUGUUUUCUUACUAGAAUUUCGUCACUUCACUCAACAACGCGGUCGGGAUUGGAUCCGGAAAUUUUGCUCUAAGUUGAGGAAAUAAUUUAUCUAAUACUUCUUUAUCAUAACCAUAAUGAAGAGUAAGAAAUCAAAAGUAGAAUCCUUGGAAGGAACUGAAGAGAAUCAGGAACGCAUGGAAGCUGACAGUGAAAACGAUUCCAGUGAUGAUGAAAAUCCAGAUAUCUAUAAGGGUGACGAAGGAAUUACUGUCGAUUUUGAAGGACGCAAUCCGAUCGAUUCGGAUCUGGACGGAGUAAAACAGAUGCUGGGCCAACUUUUUGUCAAAGCGCAUAUUGAUUUGGGGGAACUCGCUGGAAUUGUAAUUGGGCAAAAUUACGUCGGUAGCGUUCUCAAGCAGGCCUACAAUGACGAUGAAGAAGACGAAGACGAAGAUGAGGACAUGGAAGAUCCGUGCCAAAUUGUGUUUGGUGUUACCACUGCAAUCAAUUUAAGCAACAAGCAGGAUCAGACCAGCGUCAAGCAGUUGCAAAAAAUGAUUUUUGAAAAGGCAGAAAAAUAUGCAACCGAAACUGUCCUGCAACAGUUCAAAGACGCACUUCAGGGUGGAGCCAAAAGUACGGCGCUGCUGCUAAACGAACGCUUUGUCAACAUUCCAGCAGCCGUUUCGGUUCCGAUGUUUGAAAAUUUGCUGGUAGAAGUGGAUCGAGCUUGUGCCAAAGGUAUGCCAUACAAAUUUGACUACUAUCUAAUGUUUGUCAAAUACUACCAGAAAGCUGCUUCGGGGAAUAAAUCGGCCGAGGUUCUGUACUCGAAUGAUGAAGAGGAGUACUUUAUCAAGGAUUCAAUCGCCAGUUUUGAUUACUCUGUCCAAAAAGAAACCACCACUGCUUUGGCUGGAAAUUGGCUAGAAGAGGACGAAGAACUGCAACCAUUUAGAAAAGUGUUGCUUAUCGAGGCUAGCAAAAUACCGGAAACGAUCGGUACUAUAAAAACGCUAGUUGCUAGUGCUGCAAACAACUGAAAUAGAAAAGGAAUUUUUCUCUUA